AUGUGGAUGAGAAUGUUGAGGGGGGCGGCCCAGGUGUGCAAGACACCAGACGGCCGCCAGUUCAAGGUCGGCUCUGGCCUCAGCGACGCCCAGCGCCGCGACCCGCCCGCGGUCGGGCGGAUCAUCACGUACAGGUACCAGGAGCUCACGGCAGCGAACCUGCCGCGCUUCCCGACGCUGGUGGCCGAGCGACCAGACUUGGAUUGGUCCACUGUGAUCGCAGACUACGUGCCCCCGGGUCCGCGCGUGGACGCGGCGCUUAAGAAGAAGCACACCGUCCUCUUCGGCGACAGUGCCCAGCACAGCGGGCUGGGCGCGGCUGGCGCCCCGGAGGCGCCGGCAGAGGUGCAGCGCGGGCUGAAGCGGCCGCUGUCGCAGGUGGACGUUAUGCAGCUGGGCGCGGCAGAGGACCCAGGGUGCGGUGCCGACCUCGUGGAGGCGGCCGUUCGCGCGGCGAUCCUGGAGAGGGGCGCCAGGCGCACGGUGGCCGCUGCGUGGCUCGUGCGACGGCGGCGGCUGUGCUCUCGGCAUGCGCUGCACCGCGAAGCGCAGGAGUCUGCUGCGGCGGACGGCAUGGACGAGGACGACAUCAACGACGAGCGGGCUGGCGGCCUUCGGCGCGGCGCUGCUGGUGGUGAUGCUCCUCUCGCUGGUGAGCCUCGUGCCGCUGCGGUGGCGGCUGCCCCCCCGGCGCUGGCGGCGCCUGCGGUGGCGCUGGCGGCUCAUGUGGCACGGCCCCGGGUGGAGGCGGAGGCUGGCAUCGCGGCGUCGUCUGGGGGGACUGGCUCGGACACGGCCGCGCGCGCGGAUGUGAUCGCGUAG